AUGUCUUCCGAUCUUCUCGCCGAGUUCGAUACAUUCUAUAAAUCACCUCAAGAUGCUCAACCGCAAGCUAGCAAGAGCUUCUCCUUUUUUGAUGGCACGAACUCUAGUAGCCAGUCCGGUCAGGCACAGGCAAAACAGCCACCAGCGCAAAUUACGAAGCAAAAUGAUGACAUUUGGGGCGGUAUGAAUAGCUUCACGAGUCCAUUGACUCCAGCACAAGGUGAAACUCCGCAAGAAGAUUUAUGGGGCUCUUUUGGCAUAACAGCUACACCCCCUAGGCCAACCACCAAUGCAGCAAAACCGAAUUACCAGGGAGGGAACCAAUUCAAAAAUGAUACUGCUCAGCCAAAUCCUGGAAUUAUGCGCAGGUCAACCGUUGAACUUUUCAACAAUAACGUUCAUGAUACGAUAGAACCUCCGACUACGUCGAAGAAUCAUAUGAGUUAUUCAAAUCCUCGACCAGCGCUACCACCAUCUAGAGGUUCUUCGGGCGGAGAAAUUCUAUUCGAUGCGGACCAGGAAGCGGAUGAAGAUGAUGAAUUCGGGGAUUUUGAGAGUGUUGUUACUCCUUCUGUAUCUCAACCCCCACCUGCCUCACAUCCCCUCGACGAUUUUUUUGGUUCAAUGGAUAUUAACACGCCACCAUCUAAGAAGCGUUCCAACCUCACGCCGACGUCACCAAACCUUGGUACUCCAUUGCCAUACCCACAAGCACCCAAAUCACCAUCAUUUCAGCAAAGAAAUCCAUUUCCAAAGGUGGGUCUUGCUACCCAGCAAGUCAUCAAAACUAAAAUUGAAGAUAAACCUAAAUCUGCUUCUCCUUUGACAGCUUGGCCAUCCUAUGACGAGAAACCUUCCCAAGCAGCACCAUACGUUGAUUCGCCUGCUGCACUUGCUAUUGUCGAGGACAUAGACGAUGAUUGGGGCGACUUCUCUGAUCUUCCAGCCGAAUCUCCCGCAAUAGAUAACACCAAACCUAUUUCCGGAAUAGCAGCGAAUGCUUGGGCCUGGGAUGCUGUUGAUAAUGUCGCCGAACCCACUCUGGCAGAAUCAAAACUCCCACCUCCGACCAAUGUCCCACCUCCUUCCAUCCUCUUGGCCCUCUUUCCCCAACUCUUCGACCUCCCUCAAUCCUCCCUCUUCAAAGCCGUAGCAAACCAACCCUUCUCCCUCAAAAAUCGCAUCAUGUCAGACCCCACCACCAUUAACUUUCUCCGGGCCUACCUACUCAUUGCCACCGUAGCAGCACACAUCAUUGCGGGCCGCAAACUCCGUUGGAAGCGCGAUACUCAUCUCUCACAGGGUAUGAGUAUUGGCCCUGCUGGCGGCAAAGGUGGCAUGAAACUAACCGGUGUCGAUAAAGCCGAAAUUGCUCGUGAAGAACGCGAGGCUACCGAAACGAUCCGUGUGUGGAAAGAACAAUUAGGUCGACUUCGCUCAGCUGUAGCUGUAGCAAAUACAAGUCUUAAAGAUGUAUCCAAACAUUUGACGAUCCCAGAAAUAGGGGAUACUAUGCAUGUGAAGAAUCAAGAAGGGGGAUUACCAGCACCGAAAGCGUGUGUGAUUUGUGGAUUGAAGAGAGAAGAGAGGGUUACAAAGAUAGAUGUAAAGGUUGAGGAUAGUUUUGGGGAGUGGUGGAUCGAGCAUUGGGGGCAUAGGUUGUGUAGGAACUUUUGGCAGGAACAUGAGGGGAGGUUGAAAUUUAGAUGA